AUAAGGCGACCGGCGAUUUAAAAAGUGCGUAUCCGUGAGUUUGACUCCGUUACUUUAUCGGGAACGAAACACGAAACCCAACCGGGUUUGGGUUUGAGGUUCGGUGGUUCUGCCAGAACCACCUUCGCCGUGAACUUGACCGCAAAGCUUCGUGCGUUCGACUAUUGGGGGACAAAUCCUCACCCCCGCCGCCACCAACUCCCUGCUGGGUGUGAAAUACCAUCGUGCCGGAGCCGUGAAGAUGAGCAUCACCGCUGACCCGUAUGUCGGCUCCUGGAGGCCCCACCGUCGCCGUGGCCCCAUCGCCGCCCUUUACAGCGGCCCUGGUCCCAAAUACGCGCUCCCUGGAGUCACAGGCCACAGCCUGCACGACCCGACCAAGUUUAAGAACCCGGCGUACAGCUUCGGCUCCCGCCACGCUCACUUCAAGGAGGACACCUCCCCGGGGCCGUGCUACCUGGUCCCGUCUGCUUUGACACGCACCGGCCGCGCCGGAACACCGCACUACUCGCUGUACGGGAGGCCUCGCGAGCUAGGCCUGUUCAAGACGCCGGGGCCAGGGAGUUAUUCCCCGGAGAGAGCAGGCACCGUGGCUUUCCGUUCAGCACCCUCCUACUCACUUACUGCUCGGACCGACAGCUUCCAUCGUGACCAGACUCCCGGGCCUGCCAAAUACAUGCUGCCGGCCAUGCUCGGUCCCCACGUGAUCAAUAAGUCUUCCGCGCCAACCUACUCGCUGUCGAGCCGCGGCAAGAUCGGCAGCUUUCACGAGGAUUUGCAAAAGACCCCUGGGCCAGGCACAUACCACAUGGUGGAGUCCAACACUUACCGGAACAAGCCGCCGCAGUACAGCCUGACGGCCCGCAACAGCUUGCCGGGUGAUACCACUCGCAAGCCUGGCCCGGGUGCCUACAGCCCAGAGAAGGUGACGUUGACACAUCUCCAGGCGCCAGGAUAUUCCUUUGGACUGCGCCACUCAGACUAUGUGGCUCCUCUCAUCAUUCAUACGGAGGAAUAAAAGGACCCCAGGCUAUCCCACCCAAGGAGUCCCCAUCCACAGCAGAUCCAGGGCAAUUAACAAUACAGUACCGGCACAUUCUGGAAUCGAUUUCAAGCAGGAACAAUAUUUAUUUUUCAUAGAUCAAGAUCUAGAGCAAUCAGUGGGCUCCUACUGCCCUUGUCGGAGAGCCAGCACUUGCUGUGUUUGGGCUCUGCUCCUGGCUGGGAAUAAUUAAACCGACCUUUCAAACAUAUCAAUUUCAUGGUCUCAGCACGGUUACCAGUCACCCUAUAAAAAGAUGAUUAUAUGAGUAGUUAUUCACGUAAUUUAGAAAAGCGCCUCUCUGUGGGACAAAAUAUUUAUCUCGCGCGAUUGAAAUGAGGUGAACCACUCUUUACGGAGCGCAACAGAAAGGCGUCUCCAGUGUUACGUGUGAGAAGCCUGUUCAAGUGAAACCCACGGUAAGUAGUUGUGUCACAUUCGGGAACCAUUUCCUGACGUGAGGCAAUGCGUGCUUCGUGUUCAGAAGGAUAUUUGUUCUCCAAUUCAUGAAUAGGCUUUGGCAUUCGAAUUCCAUUUUUUUUAAAGUCAAGAUGACGGCGUUGUCACGUCUAAUGUCAACAAGUGUGCCAUUAAUGGUAGAAAACAGUCCAAUCGUUUCCAUCCUCGUUCGCAGAUUGACAUUUGAUAUCCACAGUCGCAGUACUCAUCCCGCGCAUUGAAAUCGGGUUUUUAUUUUUGGUCACUGACCUUUUUUGGAUGCCACUGAAACGCCUGUCUUGGUGACCCAGCCUUCAGCACAGUACUUGGUUAGGUCAACGGGAGACCGAUGUAUCCUUUGCAUCAUAGGCACGCUGACAGUAUGUCUCCUCUACAUGUCUAUCUCUCCGCGUGAAAAAAAACACAUCGAUAUAUUUUAUACAAUCCAUUGGCUGCACUGGCCUUUGGGAGUACAUCAUUUCAGCAGAAAUUGAUCCCGUGCGAGCAGACAAACUCUGAACCAGUUUUCUACAUAGUGUCAUCAAUAUUGUCGGCUUUGCUUGAAUAUGGUUCUCGUAGUUCAAACACAAAAUCACAUAAAAUAAAAGCUGGGCAGAGGUUUUUCUUUUUUUUCGCACUGCAUCAAUAUUGCUGAAACGAUGCACUCCCAGAAGGCCAUGGGGCUGAUGGGUUGUGUAAAAAUAACUUUUAUAUUAUGUCGAGAGACAUAUAUGACAGGAGAUGUAUUGUAUGCUUCAUUAUUUUGUUAUUUACAUAAUCUUCAACAAUGUAAAUGAUUCUUUUUGUGUUACCUACGAGGAAUUUAACACACGUGAUGUCAUCUGGCAAUUGACGUCAUUUUUGGCAGGAAAAUAACAGACGUGACAUAAUGUGAUGUCAUUUAAGGUGACAUCAUACCUUUACACCAACCCAAUAAUACAUUUAUUUAUUUGGAUCGUCCAACAUUUCAUAUCUAGGGGUAGUUUCCAUAUUUUUCGAUUUUAUUUUGUAAAUCAGUAACACGCCCCAACUACCUACUAAUGCCUUGCUGAGUCACUCAGUCCUGAAGACGUUGAAAGGGGAGCCUGUUUGGGAUGCUGGCCAAUGCAGGGUCAGGUGGUGCACACCGCGUCAGUGCUUGGAGGGUUUCGUGGACUAUGGAAAUGUGUGAUACUGUCAUACCCGAUGGGCCGCUCGGUGGCCAGCAGACGAGGGUAGAACAUGGAAUAGUUUGUUACCUGCCUGGGCGAACCUUCCAGUGCCGUCCACUCUUAAAGAACGGGUUUUCUCCGAGUGCUCCGUAUAUAGGAAAUACUCUUUUAAAAAAAGCAUUGGCCAAACAUUACAUUUGCAGGAGCCUCCCGAAAUGACAUCCGAGACUAGGUUAAGCUUUCCUGGGUAAAUCAAUUCUAUUAUUAUAUAUUCCAUGGACUAUUUAUGCUUGUCACGAUAUCAACGGGUAUGAGAGAACACCCAAACUUUGCUAAACUGGUUCAAGAUCAAGAUGUCACCAACACCAUAGCCGUCACCGCACCUCGGCCGUAGAUUUCCUACCCUCUGCACGUGGUCUCGCAGCUGCUGCACAGAAAAGACACAUUUACAAAUUUAAAAAGUAGUAUCUCAACUGCCCAGCAAAUCACUUUCUCACAUAAUGCUGUAUGUGUUUAAUGCAAUUAGAUUUGAUCUCUCAUUUUAUUCUCAAUUUUUCUCUCGGGAGUAGAAUCAAAUUGAAAUGAUGAAAUGUUCGUUCUUGAAUCCUACGGGAGCAGUCGAGUAUCGUAUAUCACUUUAAUAGGCCCUCUCGACAACACAAUUCAGCAUUGAGUAAUUUGACUUCUGUGUCUUACGUAAGUGUAACAUGUUUCAGUCCAUCGGCGUAUUGGCCUUCGAGCCACAUUUACGUGCACCAUGUGUGUGAGUAAACAGAGCCUUGGGCAAGUUUUGAUUCUAGGCAGAUACUGCUGGAUUUAUCAGAUGUUCUUGGCAAGGGUGCUCACUUCGAACGAAUGGGCCUUCUGGCAUCACAUUUUUAAAUGAUAUUGUUUAAAAACCCAUACACAGUAAUCGCACGUUGUGAGCCAUUGCAUAAAUAAACAAUUACAUUCUAUGGCAUUCAUAAUUGAACUAAUGUAUUUUAUUUCAUUACCCACAAUGCUCCCCCCCCUCCCACCACAGUGCAUGAGUUCAGCAUUAGCUUGCGCACUGUAAACAGUGGUUCACCGCGCAGAUGUCAUUGUGAGCUCCCUUCGCGCUCUCGUGCACGAGUUAUUAAAAGCAAAAACGAAAUCUUAAAAAAAAUGUGUUUCAUGUGAAUUUAGUCAAAAGGAAUCCCCCCAGAAUACGUAGAAAUACCUUCACGAAUUUUAUCCGCGAAUCUCCGAUGGUGGUCGUUACGGGGUGGUCACUGAGCUCCCACCGUGCGCCUCGGGCUUCCAAUGCCAAAACUCUCAGCUUUACCCAACGCCUGUCCACCACUUGGUUGCCAAACCGAACGGAUGGUGCUCCAAAUGCCGAGACGUGUGUCGCCGUGGCUGAAAUGCCAACAGAUGUUCGCAGUUUCACCGCAGUGGACGUGGUGUGCCCGGGAGGAGUGGGAUAGAUAUCCAGGCACUUCAAGUUUUUUUUAAAUUGCUGAGCAAAUUUGUCCCACUUGAAUGCACCCCCCACCCCCUCGUCAAUCAACACAAGUUGUUCUCAGUGAAUGUUAUUAAAUAUGAAUACGUGUCCGUUUG